CUGAGAAAUAGCUAACGCUGGCUAGCUGAUGUUAUAGGCUACUCGGGCUGUUUUAUAUUGUUAUAUUAGGCUAAGUAUUGCUGCACAUUGCGCAUCGAUGUCGCGGGGCAUGCAGGUUGUGGGAUUUUUUUCCUUUUACGUAAUACCCCAAAUGCUUAUCCAUGACCAAAAUACAUAUUGACUAGAGUACAAAUUAAUACCUAAAUAGUAAAGAAACCAUGGCGACCGAACUGGGUACUUCAGAUCCGACCUCGGUACCAAACAUCGUUACCGAACCCGAGGAAGAUGAGGAACACUGGCUUUAUGGGGACGAGAACUCCGAGAAACAAAACGAGGAGAAUUUGCCUGGAUUCGAAGAGUCCACACAGGAGAGCUAUGGCACAGAGGAAAAAGACACCUCUGCUCAGGUAGCGAAAAGUGCUGAGGAUGAAGACGACGAGGACAGCGACAGUGACGAUGAUGACGUUAAGGUCACAAUAGGGAACAUUAAAACUGGAGCUCCCUCAUACAUGGCACCACCGAUGAACCUGAGUCUGAAACCAGGGAGGGGCUACUUGGCUCCAGCAGCUAAACUGCCACCCAAAGGCGUAGAUUUGGAGGCAUUGGGCAUGAACGGGCUGGAGGCAGAACCAGAGGUGGAAGCAGACAUUUUUGAAGACAAACCGUGGCGGAAACCUGGUGCUGAUCUUUCUGAUUACUUCAACUACGGCUUUAACGAGGAAACGUGGAAAUCGUACUGCGAGAAGCAGCGCCGGCUCCAACUGGGGCUUGAGCCCAAUGUUCCGCUCGCCUCAGAGAACAAGAUCACAGUUCAGCAAGGAAGAGUGGCUGUUUUGGAGAAGGAAAUGGAGGCAUCUGCUGUCAAGCAGGACUUCAAGAUGGACUUCCCUCCCCCUCCCAUCACGCUUUCUGCCGCCAGUAGACUGAAAGCUGGGCCGCCCCCAAACAGGAAGUUGGGUGGGACAAUCGAUGUGAUUGGUGGACAGACCGGUGCUAUUCGCCGGGUGGAAGGACGCAGGAGAGAAAUGCAUGAACAGAAUCCAAUCCAGGUGCUGGGAGAGCACCCAACUAAAACCCAACCAUUUGUCCCACCAGCAGGGCCCCCACCCCCGCCCAUUGGUGCUCCUCCCCCACACUUCAUGCACCCACCCCCACCUGUCGCACGAAUGCCCCCCCCUCUGCACCCCCCAGGUAUGCCUCCACCUGCCAUUCCAGGGCUGUUCCCACCGCCGAUGGCUCCGCCCCCGAGUCUGUUAAUGCCCCCAUUGGAUAGCAGGUGUCCCCCAUCUGGCUACAGCAACAGAGCUCCCCCUGCUUUUGGGUACAACACUGCAGACCCAAGUUACAUUAGCUACCCCCCUGUCUCAUCGUCACACCCACCAUGGGGGGCCUCGCUGGAGAAGGGGGGAGCAGCAGGGAGUGGGAGCCACUGGGAGUAUGGGGGCUCUCGCCGGGACAGGGAGCGGGACAGAGAGAUCGAGAGAGAGAGAGACCGCGAGAGGGAUCGUACUCCCACCACCAGCGAGUACAGCAAUGAGGAUGAUCGAUAUCACUACUACAGUCACGAGCGGGAGUUUCACCAUGCACGUGAGCAUAGUCGCGAGCGUAGUUGUGAGCGUAUCAGGGAAAAGGAAGAGCGUCACAGAGAUCGACGGCACAGGGACAAGGAGGAAAGCAAACACAAGUCCUCCAAGCGCAGGCAGCACGAGGGUGAGGAGGGGGAGAGUCAUCGCAGACACAAACACAAGAAGAGCAAACGCAACAAAGAGGAGAAGGAGGAAGGGGUGGGGCAUGGGGAGGAGCCAGAGGGCAAGGACUAGCAACCAUGUGCCACCAUCCAAUAGCACUGUCUACAUUUCCAAGAAGCCACCCCC